CUUUUCAUCUUCUAUUUCUCCCCAAAAAAAAAAAAGAAAAAACAAAAAAACAAAAAAUUCAUUUCAAAAACCCCUCAAAUGCACCACAACCUCCUCUAAAUUCUCAAACCCAAUCGCUACAUCUGAUUCUCUCCCUCUUGUCUGUCUCUCUCACUUUUCUCUCUCUUUAAAAAACCUAAGUUUGAUCCACGCCUCUACCUUAUUUUGCCUUAUUUCAUCUAAUGCCCCAACCUCUCCUCCACAUUUGCUAUUUGGUCCUUCUUCUCCUCCGCCACUACGCCUGUGGUUCCAUUACCCGAUUCGCCGACACUUGCACAGUAUUGGGAUUGCGGACCUCCCAUCUUUAGGGUUUUAAUAAUCUCACCUCUUUUGCAUCACCAAAUUGCUUCGCCAGCUAGGGUUUCUAUCUAUCCCUUUUGGUUUUUAGGGUUUCCGUCCCUGUUUUGGAUGUGGAUUUAAUUCCUUAGGUUUAACAUCUAUCGGUAUUCUGAAAUUUUUUUUUUUUAAAGGUUCUAUAUUCCUGAUUUUUGUGUUUUUUUCCCCUUAAAUACCAAGUCUUGGUAAUAUUUGUAGCUUGUAUAAAUUUUGUACAAUCAAUCUUAACCCAAAAAGGAAAGAAACGGGAACAAAAUUCUCUUCUGGUUUUUCUUGUUAGAAUACUGAAGUUUCCUUUUUUAAAAGAAAAAGUCUUACCUUGGCAAAGAUUUUAGGUAGAUAGAGUACAAUAACCCAUUUGCCCAACCUGAAUAUCCAGCAUUGCUUCUUGAUUUCUCUACUUUUUUGUGUUAUUUGUUUUCUCCGUUUUUGGUUUUGCGUGGAGGUAGAUAUUGCUUUCGGUGUAGUGGGUGGUGUUUUGAAGUGAGGUGUAUAAAGAUUAGUUACUGAUUGUGGGGAAGGGAAGUCUUAGCUUGCAUGGGCGAACAUGAGCGGUGGGCGCAGCCACCAAGUGGGCUAUUGCCGAAUGGCUUGUUGCCCAACGAAGCAGCAUCUGUGAUGCGGCUGCUUGAUUCGGAGCGAUGGAAGAAAGCCGAGGAGAGAAUUGAAGACCUUAUUUCCUGCAUUCAACCUAACGCACCAUCCGAAGAGCAUCGAAAUGCGGUUGCAGAUUAUGUCCAGAGGCUCAUAACCAAGUGCUUCCCUUGCCAGGUGUUCACCUUUGGUUCUGUACCCCUUAAGACAUAUUUGCCAGAUGGAGAUAUUGACUUAACAGCCUUCAGUAAGAAUCAAAAUUUGAAGGACACAUGGGCCCAUCAGGUUCGUGAUAUGCUGGAGAACGAGGAAAAAAAAGAGAACGCUGAAUUCCGUGUAAAGGAGGUUCAGUACAUUCAGGCAGAAGUGAAGAUAAUUAAGUGCCUUGUGGAAAAUAUUGUAGUGGACAUAUCAUUCAAUCAGCUUGGAGGGUUGUGCACCCUUUGUUUCCUUGAGGAGGUUGAUCAUUUGAUAAAUCAGAAGCAUUUAUUCAAGCGUAGUAUUAUAUUGAUAAAGGCCUGGUGUUAUUACGAGAGUCGUAUAUUGGGUGCUCACCAUGGACUUAUCUCAACUUAUGCAUUGGAGACCUUGGUUCUUUACAUAUUUCAUGUUUUCAACAAUUCCUUUGCUGGACCACUUGAGGUCCUUUAUCGAUUUCUAGAGUUCUUUAGCAAGUUUGACUGGGACAAUUUUUGCGUUAGUCUUUGGGGUCCUGUACCCAUUAGUUCACUUCCAGAUGUAACAGCUGAACCUCCUCGAAAAGAUGGUGGAGACUUGCUACUCAAAAAGUUUUUUCUUGAAGCUUGUAGUUCAGUGUAUGCCGUUUUCCCUGGCGGUCAAGAAAAUCAGGGGCAACCUUUUGUUUCCAAACAUUUCAAUGUCAUUGAUCCUUUGCGCGUAAACAACAACCUUGGACGUAGUGUAAGUAAAGGUAACUUCUUUAGAAUACGCAGUGCAUUUGCAUUUGGGGCUAAACGACUGGCUAGGUUGCUUGAUUGUCCCAAAGAGGACUUAUAUUUUGAAGUAAAUCAGUUUUUUUUCAACACUUGGGAUAGACAUGGCAGCGGCCAUCGUCCUGAUGCACCAAGGAAUGAAUUGUGGCGCUUGAGAUUAGGAAAUCCGGACAACAUACAUGGGCCUGAAAAUACCAGGAGCGAUACGAGCAACAAAAAGAAUGAGAUUUUAUCUGGUCGUGAAAAUCAAGGAGAUGGGAUACACCGAUUUUUUUAUGUUCCUUCCCAGCAAGGGAAUUUAUCUUCGGAAAGUAUAACCAGAGCUAGUGAUGUAUCAACGAUAGCUCAUUCUCAAACCCAAAAGAGCUAUGGAAAUGCAAAUAAUUCACAGGUCCCUGAUAUGAUGAGGAAGGAAAUCAGUUCGAAUCAGAGUGCAAAUAUGGAUAAAGGUCAGAGAAGUUUGAAAGCUGAUACUUUGGUGAAUGACAUUCAAGGAAGAUUUCAUUUCAAUAGAACACGUUCUAGUCCAGAGCUAACUGAAAGUUAUGUUGAAGUUCCUUCUCAAAGUAGGCAUGGUAGAGCCCCAGAAAGUGGGAAAAGCCAAGCUUCUUCUACAAGGUUGGAUAAUAGCAGGAGGAAGAACCUAGAAUCUAAUACUUUGGCUAGCCAUAGCAUUAGAUCAACUGAUGAUCCUUCAUCUGUCAGACACAUUUCAUCACGUCUAAGUCUUGAUGCUGCCGUUGAAUCAAAGAGUGGUUCAAAUAGCUAUCAGGAAGAAUCAGGCUUGGGGGCUGUAGCUGAUGAUUUUGCAUCUGUUUCAGGGGCACAAGGGAUGCAUCAGGAGGAACAAGAUCUCGUUAACAUGAUGGCAUCUUCUACCGCUCAUGGUUUCAAUGGACAAGCUCAUCUUCCACUUAAUUUGGCUUCUGGUCACCUACCACUACCAAUGCCACCUUCCAUUCUAGCUUCGAUGGGGUAUGCACAAAGAAAUAUGGGUGGGAUGAUUCCUACAAAUAUUCCCUUGAUCGAAACUCCAUGGGGCACAAAUAUGCCAUUUCCACAAGGUGUUGUUCCAUCACAAUUAACACACUAUUUCUUGGGUAUGGGUUUGAGUUCAAAUCCAGAAGACCAUACUGACACUGCUAGCGAAAAUUUUGGUGCUGUGGAAACAAAUUCAAGGGAGGCUGAUAAUGAUUUCUGGCAAGAGCAUGACAGGGGCUCUAGCGGUGGGUUUGAUCUUGAUAACGGUAGUUUUGAAAUGCUUCAGUCAGAUGAUAAGCAACAGUCAACUUCAGCUGGUUAUAACUUUCAUCCUUCAGCUCGAGUAGGCAGCUCUGGAGGUUCUAUGCAAGUCCAACAGAAGUUUAAUGAGGAAAACCAAGGUUCAUCAAGGGAUGAUCUUGUAGAUGAUUUACAGUAUCAAGAUAACCAUGGAAAUGAAGUUUACUUCGAUGAGAAAACUGCAAGUUUGAGGUCCUUACCUGCCACGCAUUCUGGUUCUCUGAGAAGUAAAACCUCUUCUGAGAGUUCAUGGGAAGGAUCAUCAGCAAAGGUAUCAAGGUCAACGAGGGAAAAGCGUGGCAGGAAAAAUGCUCCAUCGUCAGUGCCGUCUGCUGUCUAUGGGAAGGGUAAGAGUGGCUCCGAACAUUCCUCAACUCAGGCAGAUGAUGAUAAUAGAGAUUGGAAUGCACUGUCAACAAUGGGUACUGAAAUUGUAGAAAGAAGCGCUGGACCUCAAUCUGCUUCGUCUUUGAAUGUUUCAAGGCAUCAAUUACCUGGAUAUGAACCAGCUCAGACAAGUGGAUCAGAUUCAAUGAUAUCUCUUGCACCUGUGCUCUUAGGUCCUGGUUCACGGCAGAGAGCUGCAGAUAAUUCUGGGGUUCUUCCCAUUGCAUUUUAUCCUACAGGGCCACCUGUUCCAAUUUUUCAGCUUCCUUUUUACAAUUUCCCAACUGAGGCAGGAACUUCUGAUUCACCACAGAGCCAUUUCAGUAGGGAUGAGGGACUGGAUAACAGUGAUUCUGGUCAGAAUUUUGAUUCUUCAGAAGGAGUUGACCACACUGAGGUUUUAAGUACUUCUGAUCCUGUGAUAAGCGCUUCGUCUGGUGAGCCAUCAGAGCUCAAAUCUGAUAUUCUCAAUGGUGACUUUGCUAGUCACUGGCAAAAUUUACAAUAUGGAAGGUCUUGCCAGAACCCAUGGUAUCCUACAUCUGUGAUGUACCCUUCACCUGUUGUGGUGCCUCCUGGCUAUUUGCAAGGACGGAUUCCUUGGGAUGGUUCUGGGAGACCUCUUUCAGCCAACAUGAAUCUCUUCACUCACCUUAUGAGCUAUGGACCUCGACUAGUUCCUGUUGCUCCUCUUCAGUCAUUGUCUAAUAGACCCACUAGUGUAUAUCAACGAUAUGUUGAUGAAAUGCCAAGAUAUCGUAGUGGGACUGGAACCUACCUGCCAAAUCCUAAGGUUUCUGUAAGGGAACGCCACGACCGACAUUCUACAAGUUCAAGAAGGGGAAGUUACAAUUAUGAUAGAAAUGACCACCAUAGUGAUAGAGAAGGGAACUGGAAUGCCAGUUCAAAGUUGCGUGCUUCUGGACGCAACCAUAAUCGCAACCAGGCUGAGAAAUUUAACUCAAGGCCAGACCGCAUGACAGCAAGUGAGAGCCGAGCUGAAAGGCAAUGGGGCUCACAUAGGCAUGAAUCAUCCUCUAUGUACCAGUCUCAAAAUGGUCCUGUCCGCUCAAAUGCUGCACAGAAUACGUCUACCAAUGUGGCAUAUGGCAUGUAUCCACUUCCAGCCAUGAACCCUGGUGGGGUGUCAGCAAAUGGGCCGGCCAUGCCAUCCGUUGUGAUGCUGUAUCCUUAUGAUCAUAAUGCUGGCUAUAAUACACCUGCAGAACAGCUUGAGUUUGGCACUCUUGGACCAGUAGGGUUUUCAAGUAUGAAUGAAGUACCGCAAGUAAAUGAGGGAGGCCGGAUAAGUGGGGUAUUUGAGGAACAAAGGUUUCGUGGUGGCUCUGUUCAACGGUCUUCACCUGAUCAGCCUUCCUCACCUCACAUCCAGAGAUCAGUGGCCCAGAGGAAUUAUCAGUUGAAAGAUGAGGAUUUUCCACCUCUUGUAUUUCCAAUCCAUGGAGGGAAUGAUGGUGGGAGAAACUACAAUGAGAAACCCCUCCCAUUACCAGGCGAUCUUGUUCUCACCUCCACUCUUAAAAUGAUGAUUUGACCAUCCAUUUUUUUUUUUUUUUUUUAAGGACUGUGCGGUCGCUAAUGCUUCCUUGUUGCUUGUUUGUACACUAAGAAUUAGUUAGAUAGCCUUCAUAUUCAAGAUUAUAAAAGUUCUGGUGAAGAGGGAUGCAGGCGGUGACUACCUAUCAUUUAGGGCUUAGACACAUUGUAACUCGCUGAACUAACUUGCUUAGGUUCGCAACUUUAGGAUCUUGUUUUGAUUUUUGGCCCCUCAAGGUUUCUCUUCCACACACUGUAUUAGGAUUCUGAUUUUAUAGUACUCACUGUGUAGCGCUUUACUUUUAUGAACCCUUGUUUAAGAUGUUUAACAGUGUAGCAAUAAUACGUCCACAGAAAAAAAUUAUAUAUAUUUAUUUCA